AUGAGUGGCCGUGAGGCCAACCGAGCUUGGGAUCGACGUGAAAUCGACAAAACAAUGCUGAGGUUCUUUAUGUUUUCCGACGAGUUUUCGAACACCUUAACCGGGCGACCAAUGGCGAUUCACAUAGCAGGGAUGACCGGGGUUUGGUCGGAAUCGAGUGGGGUACUCGAUGACGAGGGUGGUGUGAUCAUCGAAGCUCGAGAUCGAUGUGAAUUUGAGGAAAAUCGUGCGGUAGCUUUUGUUGGAAUUCCACACAAGGAAGCAGCAGUCAGGUGCUGUGAUGAGGUCCAUCCACUGGCAAAGUCCAUAGGAGCAGUAAAUACAAUAGUAAGAAGGCCGAUGGAUGGCAACCUGAUCGAAAGGCAGGUUAACAGAAAUGGAGCGUUCCAUGGUACAUCUUCUCCAAUUUCCAGAAGAAGUUUUGUUUUGAUUGGAGCAGGGGGUGCAGGAAGAGCAAUGGCUUUCGGUGCUAAAUAUAAAGGGGCCAGAAUUGUUAUUUUCAACCGCAAUUAUGAGCGAGCAAAAGCCCUCGCCGAUGCGGUUUCUGGGGAAGCAUUGCCAUAUGAAACUUUAGAAAAGUUCCGUCCGGAGACGGGAGCGAUCCUUGCAAAUUAUUCUGCUAUUGGAAUGGAACCCAAUUCAGAUCAAAGUCCUGUUUCAAAGGAGGCUUUGAGAGCAUAUGACUUGGUUUUUUAUGCGGUUUACACGCCUAGAAUCACACGACUCUUGAAAGAGGCUGCUGAGGUUGGUGUCGCAGCAGUGAGUUCAGGCUGUUCACUGGUGGCUCAGCACCUGAAGACUUUAUGCAGAACUUGUAAUGAAACAAUUCUGAAAUCGGCAAUGCUCAAGUUGGAAAUCUCUGAAGGAUAUGUUGGUUUUUUAUGCUAG